GUAUUCUUUGUUGUCUCUCUUGCGCCAUCUGCUGGUGGUACACAAGCGCAGCAGCUCUUCUUUAAAGCCCCAUUCAGGUAACAUACAGGAUCAUGGCUGCAAAAUAGCAGAGAUUAAUAACAAAGAGAGUAGUAAACACGUAUUUUAGUGAGUGUGGUCUUAUACUGUAGCUGUACAGAAAGUUCUAUUGUAUUGCAAACUGACUUGUCCAGCCGCAGUGUUUCUGGAUUGAGAAAUCAUUCAGUCUUAAAUACCUUGGAUCAAACACUGGAUUGUACCAAAAAGACAAUGGCAGUUUGAUAAUUGUGAAACUAGAGUAAAAGAAAAUAUGAUUUCAGUGUUACUGGUCUUUCUUCAGAUUGAAUUGUUUGCUAUGAUCUGGCCCAAGUUUCAAUAAGAGCAAACUUUUCUCAAACCUGAAGCUUAAUUCUACAUCUUACAAUAAUAUCUGUGCUAUAAUAAUUUGAGGAAACUAACUUCUUGUUAAAUAACUAUAAGGACUUAGUAGGUAAAGGUAAAUCCCUAAUUUGGCCUUGUGCAGUAGUUCAAGGUCAUCUGGAGGUUAGCAGGUCUUCAAAUCCAAACAGUGAGUGGCAUGGCGUGACUGGCAGGAGGAAGGGUAGUGUUGUUUUGCACUAUAGUGAUGGAGGAUGAGUUGGAAAGUGCUGAUGGAACUCUCACUGUGCUCUGGGGGCCAACCUGUUCAGAAACCCCCCUACCCACCCCACCAGAACAAUCCAGGAGCAGGGGAGGGCAUUGUGGAGACCCUUUGUCCAGGGGAAGAGGGGCGUAGCUAUGACAAAGAGUGGCCUCAGCUCCAGGCAUACUAUAAAUAGCAGUUCUCCAGAGCGGCGGCACUGUAAACUGUGGACCAUGGCAGUUAGGAGCCCCUUGUUACCCCUGUUGCUGCUGGGCCUGGCAUUGGAGACGGCCUACACCUACGCCUUCACCCCUAACCGCCUCCAGCAGCACAAAGUGCUGCACCUAGACUGGCCCAAAGACUGUGGCCUGGCUCACUUUAAACCAAACACAGCGGAGCGCAUCGUUUCAGGCAAUGAGGCCAGACCCCACUCCUGGCCAUGGCAGGUCUCACUGCAGGUUCGUCCAAGAGGCAGCAAACAUUACGUCCAUGUUUGUGGAGGGACUCUGAUCCACAAGAACUGGGUGCUCACUGCAGCGCACUGCUUCCAGAAGGGGAAAGCUGAGGAUGCGGGUAGCUGGCGUAUUGUGCUAGGGAAGCACCAGCUGAAGAGGUCAGAAACAGCUGAGCGUAUUUUCCCUGUAAAGAGGAUCUACAGACAUGAGCAUUUUCGCUACCCUGCACACAGUGAGCUGGACUACGACAUUGCCCUGGUUAAAGCUGGCACAGAUAUUCUGCCCAGCAACUUCAUCCGCUACGCCUGCCUGCCGCGCAAGCAGACCAGCCUGAAGCCAGGCCAUUACUGCUGGGUGACAGGCUGGGGCGACACGCGAGGUGGGAAAGAGAAUGUGUCGUUGGCCGAGGCACUGAACCAAGCCCGCCUGCCCAUCAUUGACUAUAAAACAUGCAGACAGAAGAAGUUCUGGGGUGACCGCGUGAGGGACUCCAUGAUCUGUGCUGGGUUCAGAGACACAGAGGGAACUCCUGCUGCCUGCCAGGGGGAUUCAGGUGGUCCCCUGCUAUGCCAGCUGGGCCGAGACCGCUGGGAGGUGCAUGGUGUGGUGAGUUUCGGCCCUAUUGGCUGCACAGUGGAGAACAAGCCCAGUGUCUUCACUCGCACUGCUGCCUACAUCCCCUGGAUUGAGGCCACUCGCAUCAGGGAUUUCUUCCUGCACUGAUCUUUGUGACUUCAGUGACCUCUACGUCCAUCUCCGUGGAGAGAAUAGUGACGGUGUGACCCUCCAGGCCUGGGUCUAAUUUCACACACAUAUGCUCUUUUGUCUGCAGUCUGUGUACUGAACACUAGUAGAGCACUCAUCACCACCAGCAACCAACUUUAGGACAGUUUGCACUGCAGUGUGGGUCGCUUCAAUGCUAUGCUUGUAAGAUUGCACUGCUCUUUAAUGAAAAGAACAUAAGACACCAAGUCCUUAACUGCUUCCUUCAAGCCACGUUAGCCUACACCUCAUGCUUGGCUAGCCCAGAUCUGUCUUACGUUUUUAUAAAAAUACAAAAGCAUCAUCAAUUCUGGUGAUGUUCUCUAUUCCCAACAGGUUUGGACUUAGCCUGAGACAGCUGACUACAGACAUUGUUGUUUCUGUGGUGACUGGCUUGCAAAGCUGGUCUCACAUUCAUGACUCUACAUGAAGGGCAGAGUUUGUCUGACAAGAGCCUGAAUGCACUGGAAGCAUGUCUCAAAUAUGGUAACAAAAAAAGGAAUCACUCGCCUGGAGCACUGCCAGGAGGGAAGAUGCUUUACACAUUAACACCGGGUCACAGUGCUGUUCAGUUCUGAUGGUGGUCCACCCCUUCCCUCUGCAGAGGGUAUUUACAGAGAGAUGCUAAUAUCAGCACUACAAUACAAGACAUAUAAGAUACCCCCUACUUUUCUGUAUAUAUAGGCUCAUCAAAACUGGGCCAAAGGCUUCAUUUUAACAUUUGGUACUAAGAAUACAAUUUCAAACCAGAAUGAUGCAAAUAAAAGAAUGCUAAUGGAAAAAGUAUACCUUUUUUUUUUUUUUUUACUGUAAACACUGGAUGCAUCUAUGACAUCACUUCUACAAAUAAACAGAUCCAUGAAACACCAAA